GACGCUGACUUUCACCUGCGUAUUUCUUUGCCGGUACCAUAACUUGAUUGAAAAUACGGAUUUUGAAGAUAUAAAGAAUGACAGAAACCGACCUAGAUCUCAAGCAACAUAUUCUUUCCAUCAGCUGGUUGAUAAAUUCAUUCGAACCCAAAAUCACCUCAAAUUCAAAUAGUACUUCCCGGCCGCUUUAAAUCUGUAUUCAAACCUCAUACCUGAACUCAAAAAUAGCCGAAGAAAAAUCACCUACUGCACGCUUCAACCAAAUAUCCAAGAACCUAACAAGUUAUUCCAACAUGAGCGGAAGAAGAAACUCCGACCAUGAUCACGAUAGUCUUCAAUACCGCACACCCCGCGGCAACAUACCACACAGAGUGAUGGUACAAGAAAUUGCCAGAGCACCGGUCGGUGGCACAAGAAACAUGUCCCAAUACCCUCACAAAUACAAAAAUCAAGAAGGUCCAAAAGAUGCCAAAUACCCUCUCUUCGAUGAUCGAGAGCGGCCGCGAAGAUUCGUCAAUAACGAUAAAGGCUAUCGGCCUGAUACAUUGUAUGAAUACCCCGUCGUAACGCCAGAUAAACCUUCUUUCAACUACGACCGGAAAACAACCCCCCUGGAAACAGUACUUCAGCCGAUUGCUCCAGCCAAUCGUGCCAGGAUGAUUGAACCAGACCAAAGACAUAACACACCUGGCUGGAUGAGGGGUAUCACUAGUUCAAAUAAGACUAUUGUUGGUGGAAUCUACCACCCAGAGGGCAAUACGGGAGAUUUCGAACGAGCGCGCUUGGAACCGCUUGAUCGUCAGGGAAGAGAACACAAUCGAAUGCUUCAUGAGCGAGCGCAGCAUGCCCCGCGGUCACCAACUUGGCCGACUAAAUCAACUAGAUAAGAAGUUUUGUACAAGCUAGCGAGCUUCCAGAGGCCAACAUAGGAGCUGAAUGGAGUUGGAAAGAAGUCGAGCAAUGUAUGAGAAAUGCAGGUGAAGGUUAACUUAGGGGGGGCUGGGCGUUGGAGUUAAUAUUGGAAAGUGGAAUGGAGAAAUUGAACAGGAUGGUAUGCGAGACAGUGAGGGAAUAGGAAUGGCAAAUUCUAUGAGAAGACUAAGGACACAAUCGAUAAGGUUGAUCUUUGCCAGAUUGUGCGCUAGAAUACUUUUGGGUAAUUGUGUUUGAAUUUUUUGUCGGAUAACUGCUGUGUGCUUUUUUUGUUUUUCUGGUUUAGUGUUUAGUUCCAUAGGAUCAUGGUAUGGUUUGGGGCAUGUCGUUGGUCUGAAAAUUACUUUAUUGAUGGAAUUAACUAUUAAUAAAACGGAUAUUUUGAGCAGAACAAGGUGCAAGGUGUUGGAAAGCUACUGGCCUAACUAAGCAUUAGGCUAUUUCAAGUCAUUCAUUCCGGCCGACGAGAAAUUCAACACGUGAAACUA